GUUGAUGUAGUAAAGCAGUUUAGAAUGAAGGUUCUGUUGAUGAACAGCUGAAUGAAAUUUUGUGAAAUUAAUAAUAAAAUGCCAUUAAACUGUGAUAAAAAUAUUACAAUUAAUAUUAUAAAAAUUAAUAAAAUUGAAGUGAAAGAAGAUUGUAAAGAUCAAAAAUUUGAAGGGAAAAAAAUUUUGUCAUAUGAAGAUGCACUCAAAGAAAUUGGCUUUGGCAGAGUUCAAGUCGAACUUUUAUUUGCAUCAUUUUUGAUUCUAUUGAACGUCAUGAAUGAAACAAUGGGAAUCUCGUUCAUUAUUCCAGUUGCACAAUGUGAUAUGAAUCUCAGUGAAAGUGAUAAAGGAUUAUUAUCUGGGAUAAUAUUUGUCGCAAUAAUUAUUCCAAGCUAUGGUUGGGGAAUUAUGGCAGGAUCAAUGGGUCGACGAUCAAUUAUUUUUUGGUCAGUUAUAGGAUCGAGUAUUUUUACCUGUCUUGGUGCGUUUGUUAGUGACUUUACAUUGUUCUUGUUGUGCCGAUUUUUUUCUGGAUUAUUUGUUGCUGGAUACUCAGGAGUUAUUUACACUUAUAUUGGUGAAUUUUGUAUUCUGAAACAUCGAGCAAUACUUAUCAGUUGGGCUAGUGUUUCCGUUGGUUUUGGACUGAUAAUAAUGCCUUUUACUGCUUCAAUGAUUCUUUCAUACAACUGGAAAUUAAAUUUUGUGGAAUUUAUUGAUUUUUCAGCAUGGAGAGUUUUGCUAGUAAUUUAUACAUUACCAGGAAUUCUUGGUAUUUUAUGGCUCUUUCGGUUACCCGAAAGUCCUAAAUUUUUGUUAAUCAACAAUCGUAAAGAAGAAGCAUUGGAAAUUGUCAAAUGGAUUCACAAGACAAACUUAGGAGAAUCUAAGAAAUUUGACAUAGAUGAUUUGCAAAGUGAAGAAAGUCAUGAUGAUAUUGAGAUUAAAAAGUAUGCGGGAUUAAAAAAAGUAAUGCUGUCGAUGAAAGAACAAACUUUGCCAUUACUUAAACCACCACAUCUUUUAUACUUUAUGAUCUGCUGUUGCCUUCAGUUUGGAAUUUUUUGUAUUGCCGGUGGAUUAGCUUUAUUUCUUCCCGAUAUACUUAAUAAAAUUGCAAACGCCUAUGAUGAAAAUCCAAUUGAUAGUUUCAAAAUUUGUGAUAUUAUGCACAAUGAGCAAAUCAAUUACAAUAUUACAAAGUUUUCUGACCGUAGUUGUGAUGAAACCAUAAAUCCCAAUGUAUUUAUUGAUUCAAUGUUUCUUGGAUUAGCAUUUACUAUUGCGUACAUAGCUACAUCAUUAUUUAUGAAACCAAAAAGGAGAAAGUUUAUUAUUGCUAUUACACUUUUAGCAUCAAGUAUUUCGGGAAUUCUAUUAAAUUUUUCAGAAUCACAAUACUUUAUGAUAGUAUUAAUUUGUUCAUUUGUAAUGCUUGCUGGAAUAAAUAGCGCCAUAAUUAGUGGUGUUGCUUGUGAUAUCUUUCCAACAAAACAAAUAUCAACCGUCAUAUGCAUCACAAUGAUAUUUGGUCGAGUUGGCACAGCGACAUCAUCAAGUUUAAUCGGAUAUCUUUUGGAGUAUGAUUGCGAGUUAGCAUACCAAUCAUUACCUAUCAUUACUCUACUUUGUUUCACUUUAUCGUUAAUUUUACCAACAUAAAUUAAGCUUAGUUAAGUUUAAAAAAAUAAUAAAAUGAAAAAUUCCAAAAAAAACAA